AUGGCCUGGGCCAUUGAUAAUACUGAGAUAGAUAGGGCACUAACCCAAUGCUUAAUUACAGAUUCGGAAGAAGACGAAAAGAGGCUUAGAUUUGUUGUGGAAGAUGGAGACAACGGAGAUAGACAACACUAUUAUCUCAAAGUCUUUCCAAAUAAUAAUGAAACUCAACGAGAAGGGUUUUUUCAAUGGAGCCUAGAUGAGUUCCUCAGUUACUUAAACUCAAUUAUGAAACUUCCCAAUUCUUAA